UCCCCUCUUCCCUGGCCCCCGUAGGCCCUGCUGCAGGCACCUGGCCCCUCCAUGGAGGGACAGUUUCUCGAACCUGCGAGUCCCAGCCACGGUGCGCCACGUUCCAUGGAGCCUCCGCCCCCAGUGCAGCGAGUCAUGGAUCCAGGCUUCCUGGAUGUGUCCGGCAUCUCCGUCUUGGACAGCAGCAAUGCCAGCGUCUGGCCCAGCCUGCCCUCUUCCACAGAGCUGACCUCCUCAGCUAUCUCAGCCUCAGUGCUGGAAGACGUCUGCUCUAGCAGCGGUUCUCAGGAGCGUGGCGGUGAGGCCACGUGGUCUGGAUCAGAGUUUGAGGUCUCCUUCCCGGACAGCCCAGGCGCCCAGGCCCAGCCGGACCACCUACCGCAGCUGACCCUUCCCGACAGCCUCACCUCUGCGGCCUCACCAGAAGACGGGCUGUCUGCCGAGCUGCUGGAGGCUCAGGCUGAGGAGGAGCCGGCCGGCACACACAGUGCAGAUGUCGGGGCCGAGGCCGGGGCUGCAGAGGCAGCCAGCGAGGCCCAGCUCUCCACCUCCGAAUAACACCCUGGGCGGGGACAAGGCCCCUGAGGGCCUUUCGUGAGGCCCAGAUGUGGGGAGGCAGCUCAGGCCAGGCGACCGGGCCCAGCCCCUUGCCUGAUCCCAGCCCAGUGUGUUCAGCUUCCUAAGAACUGCGGUUCCAUGUGAUAUGCAGGGACUUCUGCUGGCCGGGGGCUUUUGUAUCCACUCAGACCCUACUGUCUCCAAGAGAUGACCUCCCAGCAUUCAUUCUGCACGAUGGCCUGGCUUUGGGGAAUUG